CAAAUAGCAAAUAAAUAAAAUAUAAUACUUUUAACAUCUACCGCCAUCUGCGUUUCACGCCCGUUACCAAACAGCAAGCUCCACCAAUGAUAGUCGAGGAUCUCUAGUCAAAACAAAAGUGAACACAUGUCACUUGCAUGGCCGUAUGUUUAUUUAUGCAAUUGCUUAGUCCAUGUUUGUGUGCAGCAACCAGAUUUAUCUAUUUAUUUCUGUAUUUAAUUAAAAUAUUUCUUGUUUUUAAUCAUUGCAAAAGAAUGAAUUUCCGAUUAAAAUUUUGAUUGGAAAUAUUCUACUCGAAACAACAUUUCUAAGUAACAUGAAUUUUUAAAAAUAAUACCCAGAAAAAAAAUAUAAACCUGAAUCAACAAAACCUACUGAUUAAACCAAAUGGAAAGCUCAAUUAAAAGUAAAGAUCUGGACAGUGUGAUUGUUAGUAUAGAUCUUCCAUUAGCAGAAAAAUUUUACAUGCGGACUCAACAGUCCUUGAAGUAUGUGUCUUUAGUGACACUUACAGUUCAAAAUGCUGCCCUCAACAUCAUGAUGAGGAUAUCUCGUACACAGCCUGAACUGUUUCUGUCGAGUACAGCUGUUGUGAUAUCAGAAAUUAUAAAGCUCUUUUGCAGCCUCCUCAUGGUGUGGGUGACGGAUGGAGAAAGCAAUUUCAAGCUAUUUUUAUCUUCACUCAAGAAAGAAAUCAUACAUCAACCCAUGGAAAUUGUUAAGGUUGCCAUUCCUUCAUUUGUUUAUUUAUUGCAGAAUAAUCUUAUUUAUGUUGGAGCUACUCAUUUAGAUGCUGCCACUUGUCAGGUGACAUACCAAUUGAAAAUCCUCACAACAGCCCUAUUUUCUGUUGCCAUGUUGAACAGAAAACUGAAUCCUUAUCAAUGGAUUUCAUUAUUCACUUUGUUUGUAGGUAUAGCGCUGGUACAAGUUGCACAGUUUGACACACAUUCCCCUGCUCAGGCAGGUCAGAGUCCCCUCAUCGGUUUCGUCGCCAUCGUCAUCGCCUGCUGCAUGUCAGGAUUCGCUGGCGUUUAUUUUGAAAAAAUUCUAAAAGGGAGCAAUGUCACCGUUUGGAUGAGGAACGUCCAACUGUGCAUCUCCUCAGUUCCUCUCGGAUUUGGGACGAUCUUUUUCAUGAAUUGGUCGGAUGUCUCUUCCAAAGGUUUCUUCUACGGAUACAACAAAAUUGUCUGGACUGUUAUUCUCUUGCAAGCCGUCGGGGGCCUGAUAGUUGCCAUCGUCGUCAAAUUUGCUGACAACAUUCUGAAAGGUUUCUCCACGUCGCUUGCCAUUGUGCUGUCCUGCAUACUUUCUGUGUAUAUAUUUGAAUUUCAGCUGACGACCAAGUUUGUGUUGGGAUCUUCCCUUGUGAUUGGCUCCAUAUUCUUAUAUGGCAAGCCUUAUCAAGCCAAUACAAAAAAGUGACAUUUUCGAUGCUUCGCUUUUUCGAAAUGAUCGUACGUGGUGCAUAGUUUUAUAUUUUUGACGGUUAAUCAAACAUUCAUUAUAUACAAAAAAAUAUUGUUGGUUUUUUUUUUUAAGAUUAUUUAUUUUGUUGAAGCUUAUACUGCUGUUCGUGAUGCAUAUUGCUUGUAAUGGGGUUUAUGGUACUUAAAUAAUUUUUCUACAAUAGUUCUCAUUUAACACCUAUGUAUUACAGCUUAAUAAUUUUAUGAUUUGGUUAAACAAAUGAGAAUUUGUUCCAAAACUAUAAAGCACGACCUAUAGCCUAAAGUAUAAAAGAAUAGAAGCUACGGAAAUAUAUAUAAAAAAUCUUAUUCAAAAUAAAUCUUAUUUCAAUCACUGCAAAAGUUUUUCAGUCUUUUUCACCAUUGGAUUAUAAUCAUUUAAUUUUUAAAUGAUUACAAUCUGAUACAUUAAUUUGGAAUGCAAUUUAUGAACAAAAAGAAAAUUUCCUAAAUCAAAAAGAUAAGAAUAAUUAAUCACUCCCAUCACACCGAUUGGUUAAUGCAGCAAUAAUAAAUUCUGUUUGUUGCUAAA